AUGGCUCACAAACGCGCAUUAGAAGCACUUGACAGAACAUUGAAAGAUCUUCGCAAUGACUCGAGAUGUUUUGGACGCGCAAUGAUUUUACUGUCUGGCGAUUUUCGCCAAACACUCCCAGUCAUUCCAAAAUCGACUGCUGCCGACGAAAUAAAUGCUUGCCUUAAAUCAUCAAAUCUUUGGCGCUAUGUGAAGAAACUUCAGCUGGUAACAAACAUGAGAGUUGCAUUGGUAAACGAUACAUCUGCUGAAGAGUUCUCCAAGCAAUUGCUGUUAAUCGGUAAUGGCCGUGUAGCUGUUGAAGAAUCGAGCGGAUUAAUUGCAUUUCCUUCAAAUUUUUGCAAUUUCGUCUCAUCAAAAGACGAACUCAUCAAUGAAGUAUUUCCGAACAUCAUUGAUAAUCAUAAAAACAAAAAAUGGUUGAGUGAGCGAGCAAUUUUGGCAGCUAAGAACAAAGAUGUGAAUGACUUAAGCUUUGUAAUUCAAAAUCAAAUCGUUGGUACUCUGCAUACAUUCAAAUCUAUUGACUGUGUAACAAACGAAGAAGAAGCUACCAACUAUCCAACUGAAUUUUUGAACUCCUUGGAUGUGCCUGGCUUACCACCGCACAAUUUACAAUUAAAGAUUGGUUCGGUAGUCAUUAUGCUUCGAAAUCUAAACCAACCAAAACUAUGCAAUGGAACGCGUUUAGUGAUAACAAAACUGAUGGCCAAUGUGAUUCAAUGA